UCUCUGCAGAGCUUGUCUGGGUUUCGCAUGUCUUGUUGCUCCUCCUCCAUCGCCUUAAGCUGAGCUCGCAGCUGAGAGAAGCUGAGGAAGCGGCAGAAGAGAGAGGAACGGAAGAACCGAGAGCUGAUCUAAAGCGAACCCAGAGACAUGGCUGAGAAUAAAGUGGGCCCGAACCUCCAGGCUGGAGCUGGACUCCUCGCCAAGCGGGUCCAGAAGUCCCUGAACAGAGCGCAGGAGAAGGUUCUUCAAAAACUGGGCAAAACCAUGGAGACCAAGGAUGAGCAGUUUGAGCUGUCCUUCCAGAAACUCAACAAGCAACAGAACGACGGAACCAGAUUGUUUAAAGACGUGAAAGCCUACUAUGCAGCAGUGAAAACGGUGCAUGAAACCUCGAAGCGCCUGUCCCUGACCCUACGAGACAUUUAUGAAUCGGACUGGAACGGGGAGCAGGACCUCGCUGUCAUUACAGAGAGUGAGGAUCUCCUCUGGAACGACUUUGAGGAGAAAAUAAGUGACCAGCUGGUCCGGCCCAUGGAGAACUACACCAGCCAGUUUCCUGAGGUCAAGGAACGAGUCGCAAAGCGGGGGCGAAAACUGGUGGACUACGACUCGGCCCGUCACCACCUGGAAGCUCUGCAGAGCGCAAAGAAAAAGGAUGAAGCCAAAAUCACAAAGGCUGAGGAGGAGUUCAACAAAGCCCAGAAUGUCUUUGAAGAGAUAAAUAAUGAGCUGCGGGAGGAGUUGCCUGUUCUCUAUCAGAGUCGGAUCGGUUGUUACGUGACUGUGUUCCAAAACAUCUCAAACCUGCGAGAUGUCUUUUAUAAAGAAAUGAGCGUGCUAAACCGAGAUCUUUACAAUGUGAUGAAGAAACUGGAGACGCAGCACUCGGGCAAAAAUUUUAUCGUCAAGGGUUUGGAUAGCAACUCGGCUGGAAAGUCAAAGAAAAGAAAGUCGCUGGUCAUCUCUAACCCCAUCCCCUGCAACACAGCUUUCCCAGCUGAUCACGUCUCCAUUCAUCCCUCGACCCAGAAUGGCAAAGAGGCCGCUGCCUCUAGAGUCGCCCAACAGUCUCCGAGCAUUUCUGAAGAGAGCGCUGCAGCGGAGGAGAGCAGCAUCCCAUCUAAAAGCGUCAGCUCGUCAGACUCUGAUCUCAGCCUCAGCAGCGUAAACACACCCAAGAGGCAGUCUGUGUGCGACAACGAGAACAGCGACGGCUCCAGAGACCAACAUGAGCCGUUACCUGCGAAGGAGCAGGACGACGCGGAAACGUCGGACAAUCCGGAAACGUCAGAGGCUGCAGACGACUCGAGUUCCCAGAAUCCACCUGGCUUCCUUUGUGAGGAGGUGGCAGCAGAGAGCAAUGAAGAGGCUGAUGGAGGCCAGCUACAGUCUGAACAGGGAGGCGACGUCCCAGUGCCUGCUGACACCCAAGAGGUUCACUUUUUACACUUUUCUUUAUUUAUUUUACUUGCAACCAAGUGAGAAAAUUCUGUGUUU